GCUAACACAAGUUCUGCAAAGCAAAUCCCAAUUAUAAUUCCUAAAACAAACAUCAACAUCCAUAAAUUUCCAAGUUUAAGAUAUAAUUUCUGGCAAUGGAUGCUGUGAGGCAGCUAGUGAAUGAAAAGCCUUUAGUAAUCUUCAGUAAAAGCUCAUGCUGUGUUUCACAUUCGAUGAAGCAUCUUAUGAGCAGCUAUGGAGCUAACACAACUGUUUAUGAGCUCGAUGAAAUUCCAAACGGGAAAGAAAUCGAAAAAAGCCUUCUUAGCAUGGGAAAUAAGCCAAGUGUGCCAGCUAUUUUUAUUGGCCAUAAGUUUGUGGGUGGGUCUAAUGAAGUGCUUAGCCUCCAAGUCCAAGGAAAGCUGGUGCCUCUGCUCAUAGAAGCAGGAGCCAUAUGGGUUUGGAAUAGAACAUCAGCUCAGUAGAUAAACCAUAAGAACUUUCUAAACCUUUGUUUUAGCAUAUGAGGUAAAGAAUGAUCAGUUUCAGUUGUUUUCUACUGUUUCAUGUGUAAAUAAGGAUCUACCCUAUUAUCCAAAACGAGUUCAACUAUGCCCACUAAACCUAACGUAAUCACUUUCAGCUGUGACGAGCGCCUGUUCUAAUUCUUUGCGUGAAUAAAGAUCCAGUCUAUUAUUUGUA